GCCGUCGCCGCGUGUUUUAGGGUUAUUUCUUAGUUAUCUCUAAGUUUAUUUCCCUCACGAUACUUCUCAAGCGAGUUUAAGCACUUUACAUGGUGAAUAUGUCUGAGGAGCAAGGGAAGCAUAGGACGACUGCGGAAACGGCGGGCGCGAACGAACCGAUCGAGUUUGAGAGCGCCGUACCGAAAAUCAGGCAGCAGUUAUUAAAAUGGAACGGUUGGGGCUACAAGGAUUCUGGUUUUCGUGUGAAUGACAAAAGUGUGAUCGAGUUUACAGGUAACAGAUAUCCCAUUGGAAACCGGGAACUGCCAUAUUUCACAAAAUGGUGUGAAACAACUUUUGAUAUAACAUGGGACAUGAAGUGUACGGUCCAAAAUUUACCGAAGCAUAUUCCAGAACCAAUUCUUUCUGCAGAAUUGUUGGACGUGAUCAAGAAACUGAUGAUCGAUUAUUCUACCGAUGGUGUCGAUCGUCUGUUUCGAGCACACGGUCAUACAUUGCGAGAAAUUUAUCUCUUAAAGUAUAGCUCUUUCCAAAGGAUACCAGAUAUUGUCCUAUGGCCUAAGUGCCAUGAGGACGUUGUUAAGAUUGUUAAUAUAUGUGUACAUUAUGGAGUCGUUUGCAUACCUUUCGGUGGUGGAACCAGUGUUAGCCGAGCAACAAGUUGUCCUUCGGAUGAACGUCGAACGAUAAUUUCAUUAGAUACAUCGCAAAUGAAUCGAAUAUUGUGGAUAGAUAGGGACAAUUUGUUGAUAUGCUGUGAAUCGGGCAUUAUUGGUCAAGAUCUGGAACGGUUGCUUCGCACUGAAGGAUUCACAUGUGGCCACGAGCCCGAUUCUUACGAAUUUUCCAGUUUAGGUGGAUGGGUGGCGACUAGGGCAAGCGGUAUGAAAAAGAACACAUACGGUAACAUCGAAGAUUUGGUCGUGCGAUUGCGAAUGGUCACUGGAAGAACAGAGGAUCCCGUUAUCACUUUAGAAAGAGGUAAUCUGGUACCUCGCGUAUCUUGUGGCCCGGAUUUUGAUCAUGUGAUACUCGGCAGCGAGGGAACGUUAGGAAUUAUCACGGAGAUUGUAUUAAAGAUACGACCUUUACCGCGAAUGGUGAAAUACGGCAGUAUUGUAUUCCCGCAUUUUCUGAGCGGCGUUUAUGCAUUGCGAGAGGUUGCGAAGGAACGGUGUCAACCUGCCAGCAUACGCUUAAUGGAUAACGAGCAGUUCCAAAUGGGGCAAACUCUACGCCCGGAGUCUGGUUGGGGCGGUUUGAUUCUGCAAGGACUAAAACAUAUGUACAUCACUCGAAUAAAAGGUUUCCGAUGGGAUCAGAUAUGCGUGGCCACGCUAUUAAUGGAGGGCGAUGUGGCAGAGGACAUUGCGGCUCAGGAACGCAAAAUUUACAAGAUAGCUGAUAAAUACGGUGGCAUACCGGCAGGCGAAGCUAACGGUGAACGAGGUUACAUGUUAACAUUCGUGAUAGCGUACAUCCGUGACCUUGCAAUCGAGUUUAACAUAUUAGCAGAAUCGUUUGAGACUUCCGUUUCUUGGAAUCAUGCAUUAUCACUAUGCAGAAAUGUAAAGUCUCGCGUGGCCAGAGAUUGCAAGGCACACGGUAUCAGUAAAUAUUUUAUUUCCUGUCGCGUUACGCAGACCUAUGACGCGGGUUGUUGCGUAUAUUUUUACUUAGCAAUUAGCUAUUCAAAUAAAGAGAAUUGUGUGGAAAUUUAUGAGGCCAUUGAGCAUGCAGCGCGGGAGGAAAUACUCGCCAAUGGUGGCUCGCUCUCCCAUCAUCAUGGAGUAGGGAAAAUACGUGCGUCAUUUUAUCCCGAAGCCGUUGGGGAAGCGGGUGUUUCUCUUUAUCGAGCGACUAAAGCGCACUUGGAUCCACAUAAUAUAUUCGCAGCGGGUAAUAUGGUUUCAGGAAAUAAAUCAAAAUUGUGAAUUAAAAUCUUAUAUGCGACAGUGCAGAAUCUAUAGAGCUAUUCCAUACUCCGUUAGUGCCGAUAUCUUGAACCAUUGAAAAGUUUUUAUAGUAAAUUGAUGUGAUUUCGUAUACUUUCAAUCAAAAGUUACAAAUCUUAUCAAUUUAUCGUUAAGAUUGUUCUGUAUGUUUCUUAAUGAAGAAUAUGAUUUUUCCAUUAACGGAGAAUGCACGUAGAUAGCAAAUACGAAGCAAUUAGUAUUGUUGUUUGCUGAUUCGGCAUGAUAAUAUAGAAAAAAAGACUAGUACAAUAUACAUUAUAAAUAAUUAUGCACCAUGACGUCAUUUGGUACAAAUGCGGAAUUGUAAUUGUAUCGGCAUUUUUAUAAAUUAUUACAACUAAA